CCAUGUCUGAUUCUGAUCCCUACUCCAAUUACUUCAAUGGAUGGUUCAACCUCAAUGCUUUCAACCAUUUAGUUCCCUCUACAUCUACUUCAAAUCCAUCUUCACAUGCUCCUAAUUAUGGUUACAAUAUUUACCCAAAUACUAUCUACAGAAAUUCUUCUACUCAGUAUUAUCGACCUUCACCUCCCUCUCCUCCUCUUAAAGAAGCUCUUCCUCUUCUCAGUUUAAGCCCAACAAGGCAUGAACAACAAGAGAGUUCCUGCAGUACUGCCAUGGAGGUGGAGAAAAACAAGGACAAAGAAGAAAGCUGCUUCUCUACUUGUGGUGAUGACGAAACUGUCACUGUAGCUCUUCAUUUGGGACUCCCUAGCCCUAGUUCUUGUGCUGAUUUGAUCUCAAGGUUUUCAGCUGCUGAUCAGGAGGUCUCAGCAACUGCUGCUGCAGAUAAAGAAGAUGUCACUUUAGCUUCGGAGUACCAAUCAAAUACACUCAACAAGGGUCACUAUUGGAUCCCAACUCCUGCUCAGAUUCUGAUUGGACCUACACAGUUUUCAUGUCCACUUUGCUUCAAGACCUUCAACAGAUACAACAACAUGCAGAUGCAUAUGUGGGGGCAUGGAUCUCAGUAUAGAAAAGGGCCAGAGUCUCUAAGGGGAACACAACCAACGGCCAUGCUGAGGCUCCCUUGUUAUUGCUGUGCACCCGGAUGCAGGAACAACAUCGAUCAUCCCAGUUCAAAACCUCUCAAAGAUUUUAGAACUCUUCAAACCCAUUACAAGAGAAAGCAUGGAAUCAAACCUUUCAUGUGUAGAAAAUGUAGGAAGACCCUUGCUGUCAGAGGUGACUGGAGAACCCAUGAGAAGAAUUGCGGGAAGCUUUGGUAUUGCACUUGUGGAUCUGAUUUCAAGCACAAAAGGUCUCUUAAAGAUCAUAUUAAGGCAUUUGGGAAGGGCCAUUCAGCUUAUGGCAUUGACUCUUUUGAUGAAGAAGAUGAGCCAGCUUCUGAAAUUGAGCAAGAUAAUGAUGAUUCCUCUCAGUGACGUAAAAAGUGCUUCAUCAAUCCAUCUUCACAUGAAUACAAAUAAAGUUAAC